AUGGUUCACGGACAGCGAGGGAGCGAGCUCCUUACCUUCUUCACCACCAUGGCCCAUCCAGAGCCAGAUGGGGGAGGAAUACCAGCAAACAACAGGCGGGCGCAGCUCGAAUCUCAAAUGUUAGAUUCUUCUGAUCUGACCUCACACAUCCUAACUCUCGAAUCAUGCAUGGACUCGUAUUUCUUCACCAAGAAAGCAGAGGCCAUAAUCAUCAUCAUCGGCGUUGUCGUCGUCGUCGUCGUCUCCAUCCCUGCAUUGGACCCCUACUCUCUCCCUGCGGGAGCUUUGAUUACCCGAGGAAGAAAGAUAUUGAGAGAGAGCGAGGGAGAGAGAGGCGGCCAGAGAGAAACCAGGGAAAAAGAAAAGAAACGAAAAGGGGAAAAAGCAAGCAUGUCCAAAUGGAAUGCAGGAAAGAUGGGAAGAAGAAAAGAAAAGAAAAGGCCCGAAAAAAAGGGCGCCGCCGCCCGCCCAUCUUCCUGCUCCAUGGUAUUUAAGCAUGAGAUGAAGGAAAAGAAAAGACAAGCAGCCAACUCUGUCCAAUCUCCCGCUCUUCCCAUCCAAUAA